GUGAAGAAGCCAAAUGUCCGAAUAUCGGAGAGUGUUGGGGUGGUGGGGAGCAUGGCACAGGAUGAUUUACCUGAUGGAGGUUCAGAACAUCUGGCAGAAACAAUCCGUGAAAUCAAACAACGAAAAUCUUCAAUACUUGUAGAAUGUUUGACACCUGAUUUCCGUGGAGAUCUGAAAGCUGUAGAAACUGUUGCAAGUUCGGGUUUAGAUGUGUAUGCUCAUAAUGUGGAAACAGUUGCUGAAUUACAAUGGUUAGUUCGUGACCCUCGAGCAAACUAUAAACAGUCACUUGCAGUUUUGGAGCACGUUAAAAAAUGUCAACCCAACUUGGUGACAAAAACAUCCCUUAUGCUAGGAUUGGGUGAAACGGACGAACAGAUAAAACGUGUCAUGGAAGAUUUACGUAAUAUUGGAGUUGAUUGUUUAACAUUUGGACAAUACAUGCAACCAACAAAAAGACAUUUAAAAGUUAAAGAAUAUGUCACCCCAGCUAAGUUUGAUUAUUGGAGGGAAGUGGGAGAUAAAAUGGAAUUUGCAUAUACAGCUAGUGGGCCGCUUGUUCGUUCUUCCUAUAAAGCUGGGGAAUUCUUUAUAAAAAAUCUCAUAGAUAAGAAGAAAGAACCAGUACCAACUUGAUCUAAAACUAAUUGUUUUAAUGGAGCAUAUAUACAGGUCUUACCUUUAACUGAGAAUUUAAAUAACUAUAAAAUAGUUCUGGCUAUAAAAAAAUUAAAGGGGCAUUAUGGAAGAUUAGACAAAAGAGCUGCCAGUUCUGACUAUAAUAGUUCAAAACUAGAUAAUGUAAAGGGUAUAUGCUGAAACUUUCAGUCAAAUUACUCAAAUGUGAACCAAGAUAUUAGUGAUUGAAUUUUAUGCCUAGCCUCGAUCAUCAUUAUGAAAGUCAGUACGUUAAAAAAAACAAAGUCUCGAUUAUAUAUUUUGCUUUUAAUCAUCAAUGUGCACUGAACAGAAGAUCGGAUUCAAAUCCAAUGAAAAUCGGACACAUAAGAUGGCAUCGAGUGUUGAUUAUGGUCUUUUCCUGUUAAUAAAUGUUGCAUUUAUAGUUUAUAUAAUAUUUCAGGCUUAAAGAAAGACCUACAAUAGGCAGAUUUAGCUCUUGCAUAAUGUAUGUUAAAGUAUGAUAAUACUGUGUGAAGUCGAUUAUGGUGCAAACAUUAACAAUGUAUUUAUUGUAUUUAUAAAUUUGGACUGAUGCCAAUAUCAAUGUUUUAUGAUGAAGCUGUGAUUUUAUCUUUAAAUUAUUUUGAAUUAAAUAAACCAAUCAUUAUUAUUAGUAUUAUUUUACAGCAUUAUAAAAUAAUCUAUUGCUAUUAGGUCAAAACUAGCUAAAAUUUGGAACGUAUGGUAAUGAGUUAGCAUAAAUAGAUAAUUAUUGUAAAAAAUUUGCA